AAAUAGUUGUAACAGUGAUAUACAGCCUACUACAAUAUUACUGCAGAAACAGACACAAGAAAACAUAUUUAUAUAAUAUUUCGGUUAUUCUACUUUGCUUAUGAAGCAUGCACAACCCUCAUUAAAUAAUAUGCUUUUGCACUUUCUUUCCCUGUCAACAAAUUUCGAUAUCUCGAAUUUAUACACAACGACUGCAAGUUUACGGUACUCCGUGAUACACAGAUCAUGGUGAACGAUAUUAUGUAGCUGCCAUUGCAUGUCACUGAUUGAACAGCUGUUGUAAAGGACAUAUAUUUAAAAGAAUGGCCGACCCUUCAUCAGAGGAAGAUGGGAUUUUAAGGGAGUGGGCUCCUCUAACAGGUUUACUCCAGCAAAUUCCAUUGAAGGCCCAAAGAGGACUCUUCACCCAUGACCUGAGUCUUACAUGUGUUGAUGCAUUACCUGAAUUUAUUGCUGUUGGUACCAAUCUUGGUUUAGUUUAUUGGUAUAACCGGAAAAAGGGAGACUUGCAAAGGUUGCGUUGUGAGAACACAGGAUCAUCUAUUACACAUGUUAAAGUGAUCUCAACAGUGGACUUUAUGGUGGCUGCAGGCAAUGAUCAGGGUAUAGUAACUGUUUUCCAGAUCCCUAAGACACCACCUGAUAGUCUUCCAGAGAGUAUGAAACCGAAGAAAAAUAAACAGGUAGAAAGAUACACAAUUAGUGGGCUUCAUUCAUCUGCAGUAACAGCAAUAGAAUGGAGUAUGAAUGGCAUGAAGCUGUUCAGUGGUGAUAAAAAUGGGCUCGUAGUUCUCACAGAGAUUGAUUUCUAUAUGCAUCUUAGCAAGUCAGUGGAGCUGCUGAAUGAGAAGUAUGAAAUUGUGCAGCUGAGCUAUAGUCAGCAGCUGCUUCUUGUUUCAACAUUGUACAGAAGCAUUGUAUGUUGUCACAGAGAGGACCGCUGGAAAGUCGCACAGGUUGGACAGAAGGAGAGAAAAACGCUUGGCAGACUAGGAGCUACAUUUUGCCUUGGUUCUGGACGUCCCCAGGAAUUGGUGGUGUACUCAAGUAGACCUGGUCUGCGAGUCUGGCUUGCAGAUAAGGAUGGUCUUGUUCAGCAAACACUUAUUUAUAAGGAUGCUGUGAUGAAGGAACAUACACACACACCACUCAUCAAUCCUGCUCCUUCUCAUGUUAGGCAGUCUCGUGGUGAUCACCAGUUUGGCCCUCUUCUGGUAUUCCGAGAAAAUCUCUUAGUGAUCUACAGCAGUGAUGUGGUGUAUGUUUUAAACCCAGCAGCUAUUACUGUGGUAGCUACUGUAGCAGAUCUACGGGGAGUGCAGGACAUAGCCGUUAACAAAGAUGAAAUAUUUAUCUUGGAAGAGGGAAGAAGUCUCGUUAGAGUGGCAUACACACCAGAGAAUACAGCUUCUUUAGUACAAGGAACAAAAUUUGAUUAUCGAACAGAGAAUAUCUUGCCAGUUUCAUUGUCAGAUAUCUCUGUAGCUUCAUCCAUUAUGGAUCUUACAUCAAAGCUAAAAGACAGUGCAGUCGUUUCUGCCAUUCCAAUACCUAAAAUAAGUACAAGAAUCAGUGUAUUCGGUAGUCCUGGGUCUGAAUAUGAAGGCACAAACAGCAAGUCCGGAUUUGAGGCAUGGAACCCAGUGAUGGCAGCAGAUGAGGCUACAGAGCUGCCCCCUGUGAUAACAAUACCACCUGAGGAUUUGAUUGACUUGAAUGUCGAAAAUGUAAUCAGUCCUGGCGUGGAUUGUGCAAAUGCUGCACCUGAUGGCAACAAAGAGCUAGAGGGGGUUUAUAACCUAUCCCAGCAAAGUAGCACAGGAAGUAGAAGCAGCUCUGUCCUGUCUUCUGACAAUUUACGAACAGAAAUUCUUAAUAGGAUUGGUGAACAACAAUAUGAAGAUGUCCUUUUUAAACCAAAGCAGAGGAAAAAGAGAACUAAAACAAAACAGAAAAAAAUGUUUCUCUCUGGAACUGAGUCAGGUUCAGAUACCAUGAGCACCAAUAGUGUUCGCUCAAUGUCAGAUGGUGAAGAUCCUUGGAGCAGUGACAGAUUAGAUAUGAGCAGUGACUGGAGUGUAUCAACAAGACCAAGUGAGGGCUUGAAUAAUGUGGAGUUGGACAGAAGGUCUUCCUCUGAAGAGACAUUGGUGAGACUAGGUGAUUGCAUUAGCAGUGAAGUGGCAGUGCUUCCUGUAGAAAGUUGCAGUGAGAAUGACAAGACAGUUGAUGAUUCUUCUACUUUGGUUGAUGCCAGUGUUUCACAAAAGUCAAGUAAAGAUAGGAGACCUGGUGGUCUUUGUUUAGGUGUGGAGUGUUCAGUGCCACCAGAAAUACAACCAGAUCUCCGAAGCCCUGCUUCAAUUGAGCGGGAUGUUGCCAGUAAAGAAAGAAUUCUUGCAAAGGUUCUUAAGCUGGACAGUUUGUGUGAUGGAGAUUGUGAGAUUGAAGUUUUAAAUGGCAAACAUACCUGUGAUACAAAUAAAAUAAAUGGGAAAGAAAUGAUAACCGAAGAGACAAAACUAGAUUACAUGGAAUUACAUAGUUGUGUUUUGUCUGAAGAAUUAACUUGUGAAGUUAAAGAUGGUGACCAAGAAUCAAAUGACUUGGGAAACCAGAGUGUGUCAAAAGAUGAUGAUUCAGUUUCACAGCACAGUGAUAGCAUUGCAGAUUCUCAAGAUGAGAAACUUGCCUCAUUCAAUAGUAUUCUGAGUUAUGGACCUCCCUCUGGUAGUAGUGCUCCUCCCAGCAAUCAUACGUCACUUGAGAUAUGUAGUUCAUCUGACCCCAAAGCAGAAUCCAGUUGUGACAUCAAGUUGUAUGAAGCAGUGGAGAGAGCUGACCAGUGGAUGCAGUACAAAGUUCCAGACACCAUUGUGAAUUUAUCCAUGUGUAAAUAUUAUGUUUGCUGUGUUGAUUCAAAAAAUGUGGUGUAUUACAGCGCAUUGAGUGGUUUAAGUUUAAAGUGGCAGAAAGUGGAUUAUAAAGCAAAACAAGUAGCCAUUUCUCCAAAUGGAUCCUUAGUAUGGAAGUUGCAUAAAUGUACUGCCUAUGGUUUGGAAUGCCCUUCAAAAAAAGGACCAUUUGGUAGAAGGUGGAAAGAACUGGAAAAGAAUGUUCAGUGGAUUUCUGUUGCUGACAACAUUGCAUGGUUCAUAUCAAAAGGUUCUGUAUAUGUUCAUAAACAGCUGAGUUUUGAGCAUCCUUCCAGCAUAGCUAGGUUGGUGUUUUGCAACGAGCCUGUGGCCCGCAUUUGUUGUUUCCGAAAUUCUGUCAUUGUCCUCACAUGCACAGGAGAAGUCCUCUAUAGGUCUGAGGUUUCUCAUGUAGUACCAGAAGGGAGAAUAUGGGAAAAGGUCAUUGUUCCAUGUGUUGCUGUAACAGAUAUAGCACUGGGCUGUCAUAAUACAGCAUGGGUGGUGGAUCAGAAGAAUUCCAUCUACUUCUCAUGCAAUUUCACUGAGCCUAAUCCUCAGUGGUGGCAGGUGCUGAUCAGUGAUUACAUUUUCAAACAAAAAACAUCCUUGCAGCAAAUACAAAAGAAACUUAAACUCCCAGAAAACUUCUGCAUUCGUCAACAAGCUUCCAUUAUGAUUGCUGCUGGAGAGGAAACAGUGUGGAUAGCAAACAAAACUGCAGCUUGUAUACACAUGAAUAAGUCAGAAUUCACAGGUCAUCAGUGGAGUGAAGUGCAGUUCGAACCUUAUAGGACAUCUCUGAAGUGGCAAGAAAUUUGUGCAGAAGGAAUAUUUGAAGGCAGAGGUCAGCUUUGGCUGCUUUCCACAGCAGGCGAUAUAUUUUCCUCUCGCCCUGCUGCACGAAAUCUUCAUGGUUUACCUCUCCCUCAUGACUCUUCAGUUGUUUGUCUGGCUGCUGCUCCUGGUUCUUUGUGGGUCCUCACAGACAAAGGAAAGAUAUAUUUUCGCCAAGGUAUUACAGAUGCAUGUCCAGAUGGAGAGACUUGGAAAGAACUCAGCUUAGCCCAACUUGAAGGAACUCAUUUAACACAUGUGUCUUGUGGGUGUGAUGUUGUGUGGGCUUGUGAUGACCAGGGGAAUGUAUACAUGGCUGUUGGGCCUCCUCACUCCAUAGCAUCUUCAACUUUUUCUCCUGUUUGGAUACCAGUUGACAUCAAGUUAACACAGAAGAAUGGCUGUGAUCAGAACAUGUCACAUCGAAAGAAUACUUUUAUGAAGGUUUUUGUGGGACCACAGACAUACAUGGUAUGGGCCCUGGAUCAUAAGAAGAAUGUAUAUGUAAGAGAAGGCAUCUUUAAUGAUUUUCAAUUUGGAACAGGCUGGGUUUUUGUAUCUGGAAUUGAGGCUGUUGAUAUUAGUAUCAGUGACACAGGAGUGUGGGCAUUGUCUGCUGAAGGAAUUGUAUAUCGCCGAUAUGGUAUCACUAAUACCAAUUUCAUUGGUGAUUACUGGAAGAAGAUACCUGGUUCAGUUAAAGCAGUGACAGCAUCUGUGAGUGAUGGCUUGUGGGCUUUGGAUGAGAGUCAUCAGCUCCUUAAGCAUAGUCAGCAUACUGUGAAGAUGAGUGAACCAGCUGCAGUGUCAGGUGGAUUUCUCAACUUGACUGUUGAUGGUGACUGGGAAGUUGUGUGACAUGCAGCACAUUCUUGUGACAUAUUAUCAUAUAAUAGUGAGUAGAAUGAGUGUUGAAAACUCCCACGUCACAGUAUUGUAUUAUGUACAGAAGGAACAUGUUAAGUUUGAGAUAAACUCUUGGAAGUUGUAUUUUUUACAAUAACAGGUGAUGCCAGAAAUUGAACACAUUAUUGGUUGAGGAUUAUUUUUCAGUUUUGUAGUCAUAGCUUAUUUGAGGUAUCAUUUGAGGUUGUCAGAAUUUUUUUACAGCCACCUCUAUAGUCGAUAAUUGUGUUAUAUAAAACACUUUUUGUUAUGAUACUUGUUAGUAAUUUAGUCUGUGAACAGUCAAUGCUUGCAGUUAGUCAUUCUGUAAUACAACGGAAGAUGUAUAUGAAUGCAUGGGUGGUCUUAUGCUGAAUGACUGAAUAUUAAAUCAUAAUUUUGGAAGGAAAUUGUAGUAAAACCUCUAUAAUAUAUUCAGAGGACUCAUAUUUUCAGGCCUUGUUUAUAUGUAAGUUAUAUAGUCUCUGCAGCCAUGUUAUGCUGAGUCUUUCCGAACUUUAUUGUUUAUUAAAGAGCUCUGUUGUGUAUAAUUUGUACUUCGUGUCUUGCCAAUUUUUGUAACCAUAAAGAUUGUGGGUAAUUAAUAAUUCUAUCAUAUAUGAUACUGAUAAUAUAUUUUUCCCCAUAUCUCUGUAGGAACCUUAAUGCUCCUUUCUGCACAUGCCAUGUCUUUUGUUAUGCUUCAUCUUGUGUUAUUUUAAGUCCACACUGUCGUUCACCUCCUGUUUUUAUUGUGUUUAAAUCAUCUUUUUAUACUAUCCUUAAGUUUUGUAUGUACUUCAGUAUGUAUUUAUCUAAUCAUAUUUUCCCAUUUUUGCAGUUUUUAUUUCUUGUUAUGUUUGAUCAUCCAUCUACAUGUUUUACAGUUAUAUUUUAUCAUUUGUUGAACCAAUAUUUUGUAUAAUUUAUAUUUACUCCUGGACAUUACUUCCUGUUAGUUUUAGUAAGAAUCUGGGCUAGGGGUAAGAGCAGAGAACACAAAGUACAGUAUAUAUUCAUGUCUCUUCAACAGAAUGCAUGAGAAAUUCAUAAGAUGACUGGUAAUAAAUCGUUUGAAAGUGUGGUGAACUUCAAAUAUUUGGGAACAACAGUGACAUUAAAAUUGUAUUCUGAAGGAAAUUGAGAAGAGAUUAAAUUAGAAAAGAACUUGAUACUCUAUAGUCCAGGAUCUUCUAUCUUCCAGUCUCUAUCUAAACAUAUAAACAAUUAUUUUUAUAAAACUACUUGUGCAGUUUUGUCUGCUGUUUAGCUGCAGUCUGACAUAGUCUCUCACCCUGAGAGAAAAUAUAGAUUGAGGGUGUUUGUUGACAGGGUGCUGAGGAGAAUACUUUAACCUAAGAGGAAGUAACAGGAGGAUGGAGACAGUUGCAUGAUGAGCUUCUCCAAAUAUUAAGGCAUUCAAAUUGAGGAGGAUGAGGGGGUGGAUCAUACAGCAUGCAUAGGACAGAGAACAAAUUCAUGCUGAGUCCUGAAAGGGAUGGACAAUUUGGGAAAAGUAAUCAUAUGGGAGGAUAAUAUUAAAAUUGGUGUUAAGGAAAUGAGUGUUAGGAUGUGGACAGACUUCAGCUGGCUCAGGAGAAGAACCAGUGAAGAGCUCUUAUGAACAUGGUAAUGAACUUUCAGGUUCCAUGAAAGGUGAUUAAUUUCUUGACCACCUGAGUGAUUAUUAGCUUCUGAAGAUGGGUUCUGCUCUAUGGAGUGAAAGAGUUACUUCAUUUUUGCAUAAGACCAUCCAUUUGUAAUAGCUCUGCACAGUUGAUAUCUUAUGUUUCUCAUUUUAUGCAGAAUACAAGCAUUAUCAUUUUUGGAUUUGUAAGAGUGCUACAUGCCUUGCUGUAGGAUACUCAGCAUGUACACAGGCUUGGGUACUCUUUGGGUCCCAGCCAUUAUUUGGAGCUUUUGUGGUAGUUAUAAGCUACAGUUUAAACUCAGGCUACUAUUUAAGCCUCAGCGUUUAAUCAGGCAUUUCUGAUAUCUUAACAUGUUUUCCAUGUGUACAUUAUUAUUAUAUUUUCCAAGAGGAAAAAGUCUUACAGAGGAAUUGUAAUUGUGUAUAUCCCCAUAAUAUCAUUUCAGUCUCUUGAUCUCUGUAAAAAAAUUGUUAAGGAAGCAACCAUAAAACUGAUCAUCAGCCAUUUUACAAGAGUGACAACAUGUUACUGAAAUUUUUUAGAAGGGGACAGUUUCAAACUACGCUGAACAAAUCAGAGUUCAAAGAAUCUUGACAUUAUGGUAGAAUUUAAAUAAACCUUCCAAAUAUUGUCCUCCACGAACCAAGCUAAAGUGUUAAAUUCAGUGUAAGUAGCUUACCAUUCCAUCUUAAUUUUCCAAGUGUUAAAAAGUAUUAAAUUGUUUAUGCACUUUUGUAUGCAGAGAUGUUGUUCUUUUACUAACACUUCCAACUAACAUGUGUAUAAUGACUCUAUAAUAGUGUGUCCCAUUUAUAUGCAAUGAACUAAUUUAGUGUAAGAACUCUCAGAAUGGAAUAAAUGACAGAAAAAUUAUUGUUUAAAUAAAAGAAAAUUUAUGAGACUGGGCUGUAUGUGGUUUGUGGUGCAGUCGCAAGGUUAAUGACCUCAAAGGACCUGUAGAAAUGUAUGGUUAUAGUUGAAUGUUGUCACAGCCGUACUUAGCAGGUCUAAGAUGUUGUCUGAUGUGCCCCUACUUCUGAAAUAUACUGAUUUUGCUCACUAUACAUAUUUAAUCAGUUUUAUUCACUGAUUUUAUGUUGCUUGAUGGCUGUGUACAGUAUAAACUGAUUCUUUAUACAAAAGACUAAAAUUAACUUUCUUUAUGGUCUCAGCAUGACAUCAGUGCACCAAGGCUUAGCUGUUCUUCUCCUUAUGUGGUGACUUAACAAAAGAGCAGGAUUGUUUUCUGAAUCCUUUUCCAUCGAUAGGACAGUAUGUAAACUAUGAUAACAUUUACAUUGAUAGACAAAUAAUUGUUUUGUAUGAAAUUGAAUUUGUUUCAACUGAAUUAUUUAAAGCAUUGUCAUAAAUCCUCUUUUAAAUGCCCUGCAAGACCUAAUUUGGAUAUAAAUGUGGUGAGGCAGGGAAAAGGUUAAAUAAUGUAGUGUAUUCCAUUCAGAAUAUAAUAAAAGAGAAUCCCUCAUCUUGCCAAUAUUGUUUCUCUGGAAUUUUGACAAGCCAUAGCUGUGUGGGAUGAUUGUAGAAAAUGCGAGCAAGUAGGAAUGAAUUUCUGAUUGCAGCUGUUGUGAUUUUAUUGUUUUCAGAUAUGCUGUAAACAGAUUUAGUUCUACUGAAAUAUAUUUUUAAACUACAUAGCUUACAUGAAUUUUCAAAUACUCUGUAAUAUAUGUAAAUAUUUUAUGUAAUUUGACUUGGUUUUAAAUAUUACAUUACCGCUUAACUGGUGUAUUGACAUAUGUUAAGCUUUCAGACUUUCACUGGUUUUGUUGCCCAUGAACACAACCGAGAGGAAUGAAGUUGAAAUGUUUGCUUGGCUUUGAACAGUUUAUUAGUAGGAUGUAAGUUACUGUGGUGGUGAGCACAAACAUGGUUGUCUUCCAGGUUGUAGCACCAUGUAGUCUGGUAGAAGCUUAUCAAUGUUUCAGAUGUCCUUGCUGCCUCUUCUACCAGACUACAUGGCACUGCAACUCAGAAAACAGCCAGCUUCUUAAUUUGUAUAUUGAUUUAUGUUAACAAACAGCUAACUAUGUCACCAGAUGAGAAAGUUGUGAUUUGAUGUAGAUCACACAUACUUAGUAUAUGAACCUGUAAUUCCUGAAAGGAAGACUGGUAAACUGACCUGAGCCAGUCAGGAAUGUUGGUGUUAUCACUACAUAGUCAUGUGGCUUUUAAUUUGUAAUUUGAACUGAAAUGCUUUGGAUUGUUUAUAAUUUCUUUAUUACUAUGAAGCCAUUUUCAUGGUCACCUAAACUUCCACUGAUCAAGGUCAGAGAUUCUCACCAAUAGUAUAUAGUAUUUGUGGUAAGUUUUUGACUUCAGGUGAAAUAUUGAUUUUAAAUAACAUGAGUGAAAUUGUAUUAAUGGAGAUGGGGUUAUUUAACCUUUUUUUGUAUUGGAAAAGGGAAUUUAAACCCUAUAUUACAUGGCUGCUGGCCAGGUUUUGCUCCAUGGUUAAUGGUUUAGUGGUAAGUUAGUGUAACACAUAGCGAGCUGAAUUACAUGUAAGCUGUGUCACAUGAUGUUGAUGGUUGAAGAAUAUUUUUCAGAUAUACUUGAAUGAUAUGGGAGUAAGUUCUGAAGUAGGAUAAAAUUAAUUUCUUUGAGUACAAAUUUGGUGGUAAGUGAACCACAACAUAAGUGAAGACUACUGUAAAGAUGACCUACACUUUAGAACUCUACAUGCUAAAGACAUGUUAAGUCAAUAUUAUUAAAGAUAUAAUCUGCCAGUACAGACAUAUGGCAGUCCUCCAUUAACAACAGUUGUAUAUGAAUCAUUUGUUCAAAGUACUUAUAAUGCUGUGUUCCUUAAAGAAAUUCUAACAUUUGAACACUGCUGGGCAUGUCAGAUUAAUAUUGAAUUUUAGAGAUUCAUAUGUAAAAAGUUUUCAGAUGCUUGAACAAAAUGAAAAACUUCUUUGUGAUUGAUUUUACUUCAAUGAACUGUUCAUUUCAGAUCUUCUUUGUUCUUAAGUCAAGUCUAUAUCCCAGAGGGUAACUUGGACAGUAAAGUGGCAGUUAAGGAGAAAUAUGACUGUAUAGUUGCUGCCACUGGUUAAAAACAAAUUCAUUUGAGAUAUGCAUACAGUUACAAACUUGUUUGGCUUUUUAUAUUUCUUUCAGAACUUUUAGCUGCAAGUCAGCAGUGCUUUCUUGUAUACUGCAAACUUUGUGAAUUCUGUUGUUUCAGAAGAUUAAAAGGCUUUCAUAUAAACUCAUAAAGAUUAGAAAUUUUAAUUAUUCAAUAGAUCUUUAUUUAAAUUUUUAUACUGUUUUAUUGAAAACCUAAUAAAUUAGUGUGUUGAGCGCACUGGUAUUUCUCUUAUAUUUGUGAUAUGAAAUAAAUUACUGUAGAUCAAAGUAGCAAUGAAUUAUGAACAAAUAGUAUUGUCACUUUUGUUGUGGCUUUCUUAUAAUUAUUCCACCAAUAAUAUUUGAAACUAUGUAUAUAAUUGAGAAUUUAAAAUUAAAAAUGUAAUAUUUACAAAUUUAUCAACAAAAUAGAAGAUGUGUGAUAAAAUAAAUUCUCUCAAUGCUGAUCUAAAUUGUCUUCUGUUAGCUUAAUAGAUGUUUAAUUUUUAUCGGGAGCUUGUUAUACAAUGUAAUUCCUGAAUAAUAUACACCUUUUUGUUAAACUGUAAGGUUAACAGUUGGUCUGUGUAGAUCUUGUUCAUGCCAAGUAUUAAUUUUAUGAACCUCUGAAUUUAACUGGAAAAUUUUAUAAUUGCCUCCUAUGAAUGUUACUAAAGUAAACAUGUAAUCAAAGGCAAGUGACAGUAUGCAAAAUAUACAAUAAAUCUCUGCAUUUCUCACAUCUUGA